CUCGCCGAGGAAGUACAUCUCGGUGGCGGUCAGCCUCGCCAAGCUGCUCUGCGGGCCUGUUCUGACCAGACUCAAGUCGAGCGACGCCUCGCUCUCGCGCCAGCUGGCCGACAUGCUCACCUCCUACUGCGAGCUGCAGCGCAGCAGCCAGGCCUACCACGUGGAGGCCGUGGAGCGGCUCAUCAUCGGCGACGACGUCCAGAACAAGAUGGUCUCCGUGCUGCAGGUGCCGGAGACGCGCAGCGAGCGGGCCGACGUGCUGGUGCAGCUGUUCUUCGCCGUUCCUCGCCUCGCAACGCAUCAUGGGCCUGGAGUUCCACGACCCGUACAGCUGCAUCGAGUGCGAGAACGGCCUGCUCAUGGUGUUCUCUGAGUACCUGACGUACCAGUUCCUGUGCCUGGGCCAGCACUCCAGCCUCUCGCCGAGGAAGUACAUCUCGGUGGCGGUCAGCCUCGCCAAGCUGCUCUGCGGGCCUGUUCUGACCAGACUCAAGUCGAGCGACGCCUCGCUCUCGCGCCAGCUGGCCGACAUGCUCACCUCCUACUGCGAGCUGCAGCGCAGCAGCCAGGCCUACCACGUGGAGGCCGUGGAGCGGCUCAUCAUCGGCGACGACGUCCAGAACAAGAUGGUCUCCGUGCUGCAGCGGGUGGUGACCGGUCUGCCGUCGGGGCCGCGCGCCCACGCCUUCCUGGCCGUGGACAGCACGCUGGUGAGAGCCUGUACUCGGGCCGCCAGGUGGCCGAACUGUCACCGAGCGUCGUUUCUCCACCUGCUGCUGCUGGUCAACGCCCUGAAGCCCAGCGACGCGCCUACUGACGAUGCCGAAGGCGGCCCGUCCGACGAUGCGGAGGCCGGGCCGCGCCAGCCGACCGCCGCCAUCCGAGAGGUGCUGUGUUUCCUGACGGCCAGCCGCUCGCCGCUCUCGCCCUACCUGGUGUACGUGAUGCACGUCUGGGACGGCAUGGACCUGGUCAUCGUCUGCGACCUGUGCAUGACUGACGUGGCGGGCGGGCUCUGCGAGGCCAUAGAGAGCGUGGCCAGGUGCCACCAGGCGGUGACGCCGGCGCAGCGCAGCCAGAUCUACGGCCACCUCAAGCACGGCCUCACCGUGCUCUUCUCAUACACCAACCAGCUGGGCAGGUCGGCCGAGGUGCGCUCGCUGGUGGGCCGGCUGCGGGCUCAGUGGGGACAGCUGCGCCGGCUGAAGGUGGACGCCGUGCUGUGCGGCGCCGACACGGUGCCGCCUGCCGUCGACCAGGGCCUGGCCACGCUCUCGCGCACGCUGGAGUCGACGUUCGAGGCCGUGUGCCACGCGCUGCCGGAGCGGGCGGCCGUCAGCUCGUCCCAGCUGCUGCGCCUGCUGGAUCAGGCACAAGCUGAACUCGACCACUACAGGAGCUUCCUGUUUGCUCGCGCCGUGAGCAACGCCACGGUCGAGACGCGCUCGCACCUGAGCAUCAGCCGCUAUCUGGACAACUUCCCGGACCUCGUGCACUUCAUCUACGUGGACCGCAGCGCGCACCUGAUGACGGCGCCGUCCACUCGUCCGCCCGACGGCCGACACGACCUCACCGACACAGUGUGGAGCAUGAUCGACCUGGCCAACCGGUACCUGUGCGAGGGCCACAUGAGCAUGAUCUGGCGCGACCAGCACUACAGCUACGGCCACUUCCUCUGGUUCGAGGACGCCAUGGGCAACCCUCAGAAAGCCAAGGAAAGCCCCAAGAGGCUGAAGGCCCUGUACCCGGACCUACAGCCGGGGAUUUUGGUUCGAGAUUACUUCAGCACCCUGAUCUCGGUGUGUUUUCCCGACGCGACGGAGGAGGGCGUGCGCUGCUACCAGCUGUUCCUGGUGCACAAGGGCCCUGUGCAGUCGUCGCGCGUGCUCGAGCAGUCACAGCGGAUCGCCAAGACCGUGUGGGAGGUGUCGGGUGCGGCCGCCACACCGCUGGACCUGCUCUAGGGACGGCCGGGCCCACCAGCGCUUCCCCGCGGACCGCCGUGGGGUCAGCUCUGCGGUCAGGACAGUCGGGCUCCAACAGGCGUGUGACAGGCGGGAAAGGGCCGUUUUGCCGCCGUGGUAAUAACGCUAUCGUCCCAACGGACGGAGGCUGUUACAUGCGCCUGUAACUCGCUGAGAUAAGCUGUUACCAAUAUUUUUGCUUUGAGCUUGUUCUCUUUAUGGACUUUUUUAAUCAGGAUUGGAAGCGAUUCGUGCAAUUCGUCAGUGAUACCUUCCCGCCACUUUUCUUUAAUUUUGAUAGCCAGGGUCGUCUGCUUGUUACGGCGGUUCGGUGUGUCCCUGCCCUGCGGGACUGGUGCAUCUGUUAUUGGUGGCAAAGCUUAGUAUCGACAGGGUAGGAGCGAUUCGGUCGGUGCUAAUAGCAAGUCUACGGAGACAAUUCGGUAUAAGGGGCUCUGGCGGCGCACCGCAAUGCUCGUGCGAAAUGCCGCAAACUAGAAGAUCCCUGCGUCUCAGGGAUGAAAGUACCACCUCUCUUCCGCCCACCAUCACGUGUGGCGGUAGGUACGUUUGCUGGAUAUGCGUAUUGAUUCGUGACAUUUUACCAAUUCCCUGGCUACGUAGUCAUGUGUUUGCCAGUUAUUUAACCUGAGCUUACGCAGGACCAAUGAUAGCGAGGCUGUGGUCGUGUGUGGCCAGCAGCGGUCACUAUGACGACGCGUUUCCGAUGGCGGGCUUGGGUGGCGGAGUACCUCACCCCACCCCUAUCCCCGUCCCUGGGCGGGGUGUCGGGCCGACACACCGGACGCCGCGACCGGUAACGGAGGGGGCGGUGACUGGCUCGAGCGGGAUUUCUGGCCGUCACACCACCGGCGAAGGAUGGGUGGUGCUGGGUCAGCAUGGACGACGUCGGGCGUUGUGAUGCGAUGUGGUUGAACUGACCUGGCGUUUUGAGCGUGUCUUUGACCCGAUGUCAAGACAACCUCCCCCGGCACCGGUCGCUGCAUGACCUAUAGCAGUCGAUGCGCCCUAACCCC